CAUUCGUCAGCUGAUCUACCUGGAUGACCUAAAUCAAAUCGAUCUAGUGUUGUAUACGUGUCUUAGAGAGUUGUAAAUACAGCGAAAUACUCCGUCUGUUCAAAAUAUCGCACUGGAGGGGUUAUUUAUAGGGAAACGGAUACACACGUCAUUUUCAUAUUUCCCCCGAGAGCUGCUGGUAUAAUAAUUUCAUCAUAAGGGCCAUAGUUCUCUGAAAAACACCAAAGGGGACUACGUAGUGACUGAGGAAAUUCCGGAGGAACAUGGCUUCAAAGCGGGUAGUGAUAGUGGCUAUUGAUGGCAGCGACCACGCCUAUGAUGCGCUAGACUGGUAUCUGUCCAACAUCCACCGGUCCGGCGACACUGUCAUAGGCGUACACUGUGCCGACUACAGCAAACUCCAGAGUCAGCCUCUGACCUUGUUGUCAAGUGACAAGUCCCUAGUUACCAACUUCCUGGACUCGGAAGAGACAUCGGUGAAGAAAGUUGCGGCAACUUUUGAUUCUAAGGUUUUGAAGAAUAAGAUCGAUGGCAAGUUCAUCCGUAUAAACGGAGACCCAGGACCCGGUCUCGUUGAGGUUUCCGUGAACGAGAAGGCCGCCAUGAUUGUGAUGGGAUCCCGGGGUCUUGGCACCAUUCGUAGGACGCUGUUAGGAAGCGUCAGCUCUUACGUCAUGUGUCACGCGUCAGUUCCGGUGAUUGUUUUCCGGAAGUAGUUCCAUUGCAGUUCUACUCAUAGGACAUCAGGGUAGACGACCGUCAGACAUUCCUAUAAUCAAACGCUCUAAUCAACAUAAUGAUACAUGCUGUUUACAUAGACUAUUUCAUGGAAAUCAAAUGGAAAUCUGCAAUUAUCCGCAAUCAGUGACGUAAAAUAUGUAUGUAGAACAAAAUGGCUUCGCUAGACUGCGCCAUGACUUUACUAUGUCAUUUUAGCCUAAAGCUUGCUAGAAAUGAUGAUGAUUGAAUUAGACUACAACGAUUGAUGCUGAGUCUGUGUGCUUGAAAUAAACAAUGAUCUGACGAGAGAGUCAUUUAUAUGAGUGAUAGUGGACAAAUAUUCUUGUGUGUCAGAACUCAUGGUAAAACCUAAUAAAUCGUAUCCUCUGAUUCAGGAAAAUAUUAUGA